AUGCCCGACCCCGCCGCCCUCAUCGCCCACAUCGUCUCCCAAACCCGACAAAACAUCGAAUUCCUCAUCUCUCAGAACGAACUCUCGCGAGACUCAGGCCGAGACAUUCUCUCCAAACUUCCCUCUUCUUCUUCCUCUUCCACUUCCAAUAAUGAUCACAAUAUAAUGGCACUUUCGGACGCUACGAGGAGGAUGACGAUCCCCGAACCUUCGUCUAGUCCUGCUCAUUCUCACAACAUGCCGAUGCCUGGUGGGAUGAUGAACAGCGCGGUGUCGACGCCGCAGGGCCCGCCGCCUGGACGUGUGACUAGUCCGUAUUCGAGUCCUCCCCCGCAUGCGCAUCAUGCGCCGCCGCCGGACUUUGGGCCGCCGGUGAGGAGGGGAGUUCCACCGCCGGGGCCGAAGGUGGUGAGGGCGAAGGCGUUGUGGUCGUAUAAUGAGAAUGGACAGGACCCGAACGACCUCAGCUUCCAAGCCGGCGACAUCAUCGAGAUCGUAACAGAGACCAACGCCGACUGGUGGACCGGCAAGAUCGGCGGAAGACAGGGUCUCUUCCCGUCCAACUACGUCGAGAAACUGGACUCUUCGUCCGUCUCCGCUCCCCCCUACCCUCCCCCGUCCGAAUCCCGUUCGCCAUCGUACUCCUCGCCCGAGUACAACUCGUACAACAACAAUAACGCGCCGGUGCCGUACCAAGGACCGCCACCACCACAACAAGUGCAGGGAUAUAAUCCGUAUAUGAAUGGACCGGGGGCCGGGGCUGUACAACAGCCGCCACCGCAACAGGUGCAGGUGCAGCAGGAACAGCCGCCGCAGAAGGAGAGUAAGUAUGGGGGGUUGAAGCAGACUUUGGCUACGUCGGCGGUGGGAGGUGUCGGGUUUGGUGCAGGCUCUGCGAUUGGGAGCGGGCUCAUCAACUCUAUUUUUUGAUCUGUGCUUGCUGUCUUACGAACAUACCUGGGCGUACAUCACAUCACAUCUUAUUGUCUACAUCUUCAUCUGAUGGAUUUUUGGGUCAUCACUACGCUUUUAAAUAAUAGGUCGGGUUUACGCACAGGACAGGACUCCCUUUUUGUAUUUAUUUACAUUCUUGCUCCGAACACGUAUAUACUCCUUGUCCCAGGGCCAUAGAAACAUAAUUACAUCUU